CCCAAACCCUAAUCCNCCCCCCCCCCCCCCCGAUCCAUCGUCGUCCCCGAUUUGGUAGCUAGGGUUUAGAUCGGAGAUCCGCUAGGGUUUUUCCGAUGUCGUCGAUCCUGCCGAAGAGCGAGAGCGUGGAGAUCCGCGAGGUGUGGCGCGGGAACCUGGAGGCGGAGUUCGCGCUGAUCCGCGAGAUCGUCGACGAGUUCCCGUACGUGGCGAUGGACACGGAGUUCCCCGGGGUGGUGAUCCGCCCCCUCGGCACCUUCCGGUCGAGCUCCGAGUUCAACUACGCCACGCUGAAGGCGAACGUCGACACCCUGAAGCUGAUCCAGCUCGGGCUCACCUUCUCCGACGAGCGCGGCAACCUCCCAGCCUGCGGCGCCGGGCGGCGCGGCUGCGUGUGGCAGUUCAACUUCCGCGAGUUCGACGCGCGCCGCGACGCCUUCGCCGCCGACUCCAUCGACCUCCUCCGCCACAGCGGCAUCGACCUCGCCCGCAACGCCGAGGACGGCGUCGACGCCGCCCGCUUCGCCGAGCUGCUCAUGUCCUCCGGCGUCGUGCUCGACGACGCCGUGCGCUGGGUCACCUUCCACAGCGGCUACGACUUCGGCUACCUCCUCAAGCUCCUCACCUGCCGCAAGCUCCCGGAGACGCAGGCCGGGUUCUUCGCCCUCAUCCGGAUCUACUUCCCCACGGUAUACGACAUCAAACACCUCAUGAAGUUCUGUAACAGCCUCCACGGUGGGCUCAACAAGCUCGCCGAGCUGCUCGACGUCGAGCGCGUCGGAGUCUGCCACCAGGCCGGCUCCGACAGCCUCCUCACUUCCUGCACCUUCAGGAAGCUCAGGGAGUCCUUCUUUAACGGCUCCACCGAGAGAUAUGCCGGCGUCUUGUACGGCCUCGGUGUCGAGAACGGUCUCGAGAACGGUCUGGAUACCGCUCAUUGAGUAAGAAUAAUGAUAAUAAUCAUCAUCAUCAUAAUGAAAAAAAAAAAGAAAUUGGUUUGGUGAAUUGUGUUGGUUGAUGCUUUCUCGUGUGAUCUGCUUGAUUGGUGUUGUGUUUCUAGUUACUUACCAUGUUUCUGAAGUUGAUUUAACAUUGAUUGUUAAAUCAACCAUACCAUACUUCGGUUCUUUGUGAUCUCCACGACGGUAUGAAACUUUGUUGGGAUCUUCCUCUCCUGAUUGUA